CAUAAAUCGAUCGAAUCUUUAUUUGCCGAAAAAAUUAAUUAUAAAAAUCCGUCUGCGAACUUUUACAAUUGCAUAAUUCUUAUUGCACCCUAAGCUUUCUUUCUACAUCUCUUUCGAUCUGCAGAAUACACGAAUAAAAAUUCUUACCAAUUCUUCGUAAUAGAUCAAAGCAUCUCUCUCGCAACUUGUAACAAGUAUUCAACUGAAACGUCAAAAGCAAUGGGACGAACUGUAUACGCGGAGGAACGUCUUCACAAUUAUUUGACGUCACUGGCGAAACCAGAUGAAUAUACGAUAGGACUAAUUGUGGGACAGGUUCGAGUUUUACGAAAGAGCGUCGGUCAAAGAGACUAUAUCGUGCAUUUAGCGAAAACACCACCACCUCUUGGUAAAAAUGUGGUGGAGGAGACAUUGCUUAGCUCCACAACAGAAGCUGAACAAAAUACUGCUGUCGAAAAUCAUAUUAGAGCGGUGAAAGAUAUACCUGAAAGCUGGGUUGCAGAUCACGCUAAACAUGUCACUAGAAUGUUGCCUGGCGGAAUGCGUGUCCUUGGAACAUUCAUUGUUGGUCCGGAAGAUAUCACAAAUAAUAAUAGCAAUGUCCAAAAGUUGAGAUCUGUUCUUGCAACGAUGCAAAAGAAUUUAUCAUGUAAUAAAUACUUAUGUGGAGAUAACAAUGAAGAGCAUCUUAUUUUAAAUUUAAAUAGUGUUACACAAAAAUACACUUGUAAAUCUGUAGAAAUCCAUACGAAUGGAAUAUUAAAACCAGCAGACUGGAAAUUUCAAGCUAAAGCAACCAAAUGGCAUCAACUAGAGGCGCUUGUAGACUUCGAUCGUCUGUUUCUGAUUGCUGCUAAUAAAGAUCCGGAAACUCUUAAAAAACAAUUGCAAGAUAUUUUAAAGAGCGUAUCGGAUAUUAUUGAAUCUUCCCUUAUUGUUAUUGAAGGAGAAGUUCGAUCUCCGGACGAUACGUUAGAAUUAAUUAGUAAAAGCAAGAAAGAUGAAAAGAAUUCUAAAAAUAAUGAAAAAAAUAAUAAUGACCAGUCCAUUCAAAUUAACUUAUAUAUUCCGUGUGAAGAGAAGAAUAUGAACUCGGAUGUAAAAAUAACACCGUGCAGUGCGUCCAUACGUUUGGUUGGACAAUUAGUAAGUAGAACUUUCCUUCAUCAAAAAGCAAAUGUUGAAGAAGCUAAUAUCGCAAUAAAGCAAGACAUAAUAAGGUCAUUAGCAAGUAGAUUAGAAAUGCAUUGGGAUAGUUUAAUUGAAGAGGAAAAUGGAUCUCCAGAAGAAAAUAUAACGUUACACGAACCUCCGAGAAGAGUAUUAAUAGCAUUACCAGAAAGUAAGGUAACAUUGUCAGACUAUCUAUUUCCUGGUGAAGGACCUCAAGAAGCUCUUUUAUCAUUGCAAGAACUACUAGACUUAGAGGUUCAGGAAAAUAAUGUUCAGAAAGACAUUGAACUUGAAGCUGAUCCUUCAGAAUUUUAUUCUCAAAAUAAAAUUGAUGUAAAAACUACUGAUCUUAAUAUAGAUUCAUCUGGAAAUCAUCAAACAAAAAUAUAUAUUGCAAGUUUCAGUAUUGCAAUUUUAAUUGUGAUUCUUGCUAUUAUAAUACAAAAGCUUUAUUAAUAUUUAUAUGUAAAAGAACGAAUGUAUAUUUUAUUAUAACAUGUAAAGUAUAAAAUCUGUACAUUUUAACACAAGUCAGUAUGAUUUAGGAGCGCGCAGCGCAUGAAAAAUGACGAUAAUAAUUGAAAACAUUUGUUUUAACAUGAUGAUGAUAUAUUUAUGUAUACAGAGACUUCGACAGAUCGCGAUAUUUGUAAAUUAUUGUGUAAAAGUAUUAAAUUAUAAACCUAUAUUAUAAAUCAUGUAUAACGUUGAAGAUAUCCACGAAAAAUAACAUCGUAUCAAUAAUUUUAUUCCAAUAUUUUAUGUCAUAAUUAAAUAUUUUUGUAAAAGUAUACAAUUGAUGUAAGACAAUUGAAUAAAAAUACUUUUUCCUA